CUCUUGUAGCAGCCUGUCAAAACCGUAAAUUUUAUCCGCGUAGCUGCAGUUGUCAUAACGCUCAUCACCCGUUUAUUCGUGCUUUACCCCGUUAAAGCUAACUAGCAUAGGGAGCUAAAGAGGAAACCAGCGCGUCACAAACGUUACAUUAUCUAGUUUCUCCAGCCGGAAGCUCAUCGGUUGUCUUUGUAGCUGCUGUCACAACGCGAACGGAAAGCUACUGUGAAUGUGAAUGAAUCUGUGAAUGAGUGUAACUUUACCCCCCCAACAGGAAUUUCACGCUACAGCCUGUAUCUGUGAAUAAUCCUUCUUACCUGUCAACAUGAGUGAUCCUUGGCAAGAGUGCAUGGAUCACUGUGUGGAGGUCACCAAAAAGGCUGGGCAGAUGAUCCGCGAGGCGCUCCAGAAGGACAUCGCCGUCAUGCAGAAGAGCUCACCAGUUGACCUGGUGACCGAGACUGACCAGAAAGUGGAACAGCUCAUUAUAUCUUCCAUCAAGGAAAAGUACCCCACUCACAGCUUCAUAGGUGAGGAGUCAGUAGCAGCAGGAGCUCCCAGUGUUCUAACUGAAAAUCCUACUUGGAUCAUCGAUCCUGUUGAUGGCACCACCAACUUUGUUCACAGGUUCCCAUUUGUGUCAGUAUCAAUUGGCUUCACUGUGAAGAAAGAGAUAGAGUUUGGGAUCGUUUACAGCUGCAUUGAGGACAAGAUGUACACUGCCCGGAAAGGGAAAGGAGCAUUCUGCAAUGGAGUGCCUAUCAAAGUGUCUGGACAAAAAGAUAUAAGCCAAUCCCUGGUACUGACAGAAAUGGGCUUCAAGAAGGAUCCUGAGCAUUUCAAAACGAUGUUGGCCAAUGUCAAGACCAUCCUCACCAUCCCUGUGCAUGGUAUCCGCUCCCCGGGCAGUGCAGCUGUCAACAUGUGUCUGGUGGCGUGCGGAUCGGCCGAUGCCUACUACCACAUGGGCAUCCACUGCUGGGACAUGGCUGGGGGGGCAGCGGUUGUUACUGAAGCUGGCGGAGUAAUCAUGGACAUUUCAGGUGGACCAUUUGAUCUGAUGUCUCGGAGGCUGAUCAUCGCCAGCAGCAGAGCAAUAGCAGAACGCAUCGCUAAGGAGAUAACAGAGUUUGACGUUGGCAGGGACGACACAGAUGGCUAGUAAAUUUCCAUCAUGUCCUCAGCCAGUGUGACAGUUAUUUAAACAGGCAACUGUUCUGUAUUUAGCAGGUCAUGAUUCCAUCUUUGCCUUAAGAACCAAAACGAUAAACUUACCUCUGAAGAACAGCUGAGUGGGUCUGAUAAAUAUUCAGCGCUUAGACUUUCAGCAUUCUUUCUGCUUUCUUUGUAAGUCAUUGUUGUAUUUCUGCUCUUCGCCAUUCACAGAUACAGACUUUCUACUACACUGUCACGAUUAAUGAUUACGUCUGUGUCUCCUAAAACACACUGGUACUGUAUUGUUUUUAAUCAGUCAGCCAUUUUUAUUAUUAUUUAUAUUUAUGUGAACAAUGCAGUAAGAACAAGAACAAGGAAUUUCACUGUUAAAAUGCACUGAAGUAAUUUUACUAUACAUGUGUUCAGGUUUUGACCAGUAAUGUUGCUUUUCCACGUGGGAUUUUCGGGCUUGUAUUUUGACAUUUUAGACAUUGUUUAUUUUAUUCACUUAGUUACAUUUUAUUUAAAGAUACAUUUGUUUCUACAGUAAGAAAAUGAAUUUCACUAGUCUGCACUGCAGUGAAAGGAAGAAUACGUAUACCAAAUACUGUGCACAUCCAACUACUGUUGUAAUAUGAGGUGUUAUCUGUAAAGAUGUAAUGAAGGCUGUGAAUAAAAAGCACUAUAAAAAUCUC